ACAAAAUGGUGGUUGUUUUCGUUUUGUGACUAAUUCUUUCGAAUAAAUUCACCUUCCGUCCGCCCAAAUUGAUGAAAAUAUGAUUGUAAUGUGGUUAGGAAGUUUCAGCAGAUUUUGGGGCUUCUGUGUGUGCCUCUUGAUCACAUGUGUAGUCCGGAAUGCCAAUGCAGAUAUGAACCUCGUAAUUGAAGGAAGUAAUCCUCUAGAAAAGUUCACAGAAGAUUCCUUUUCAAUCACGUGCAAGGCUGAGGGGAUAAAUAUAGAUUCAAGUUACCGGCCGAAGUUGGAAUGGUGGAAUCCCAGUAAUACACAAAACCGACCACUCACAGAUGCUGACAUCUCGCGGUAUAAUGGUCGCCUGGAGGUAUUGGAAAAGGGCAGAAUAUUAAAGUUGACCUUCAUUCAAAUCCAAGGAGACGCUGGAGGAACUUACGAAUGCCGUGGCACGGCGCAGGAUGGCAGUGUCCAGAGCCAUAAAGUUCAAUUGAUUCUAAGAGAGAAAAUAACAUUCAAGGACACCCCGUUGGAACAGUACCCGAUCGACGGGACGGUUGAUGCUGUUAUUAGAUGUACUGUGUUUGGUUCACCACCGCCUGAGGUAUAUUGGCUGGUAAAUAAAACCAAAAUCGACUUCGCUGCACCAAAUAGUCGAUACUAUGCAUAUACUGACGGCCUUCACAUUACGAACAUCAAUUCAAAGGACAACGCUAAUUACACGUGUCGGGCGUCAGUGAGGUUGUCAACUGGAGAGAAACUAUUUGAGGCAGAGAUCCGUGUCGUCGUGGCUGUGAAGCCAGUGUUUGCCCCUGGGUACGAGGUUCAAGUUGUCGAUAUGCCGAUCGUGAAGAGAAUGACCCGAAUACGAUGUCACGCAGAGAUCGGGAAGCCGAUACCCGAGUACUUUUUCUACAAAAAAAAUCGUCCUAACGAUGAAAUCAAUGGUGGUCGUUUUAAAGUGAGUCAAAAUGCAGGACCCAAUCAAAACCUUGGGGAAUUGGAGAUACGGGACAUCCAGACUGAAGAUGGCGGACUUUAUACUUGUCGUGCAGUAAACAAGGCUGGGAGCACAGAUAUUACGUUCAAUUUAAAAGUUGUUGAACCCCCAGAGCUGUACAGAAUGGAUAACCAGACGUAUCCAUUGGUUACAGGCAAAGAGAAGAUCAAGGGGUCGCUGACCUGUAUGAUCAGGGCCGACCCGACGCCUGGUCUUCAGUUCCACAAAGUUGGGGAACAGCAGCCGUACGUGACGGGAGUCCAACCGAAUGAUCCACGCAUCAACGUCAGACUGUUCCAACCCCAGGGAUUGGACUACCGUUACGCGGGAAUCACGCUGGAGAUUAACAACCUCACACCAGAAGAUUCUCACAACUACACGUGCGUUGCUACAAAUCCUGCUGAAACGAGACGAUGGAACGGCACAAUCACUGUCCAAUACCGACCGAAUCUGAGUAAAACAGAAAACUACACAUACAGCUGGAUCGGUAACAUAAAAAAUCUGACAUGUAUCGCAAUGGGGGAACCUAUCCCCAUAUUUCAGUGGUGGCAUCGGGGUGAAAUGAUCAUCACAGGACGCAACUCAACGUUCAAAGUCUACAAUGAGACUACUGUCAGUAAGUUACAGAUUGACAUCCCGAAGGAGGUGAGUCCAUCCAAGUGGUACUGGGUGUUUGGUGUCUACAGUUGUAAUGCCAGUAACAUCAUUGGAGUGGACAGUCACCUCAUCGAGCUCCGUAAAGCCAUUGAACCAGAGCGACCAGACUCGGUCAACGUUAUCGCUGAUACACCACGGACGGUGACGUUCAAGGCAGUCGGUCCGAACCGACCGAAUCAGAUAGCGAUACUUGGUUAUAUCAUUGAGUAUAAAGAGGUCGAUGACAGAGCAGGGGCCUACAAGGGGAGGAUGGCAUUCGCUUGGAAUGAAACCCUCAAGAUGUAUGACCUCUUGCCGACCAAUGUCUACAUCUUCAGGACUACGGCUUACAACCCUGUCGGGAACAGCCAGCAGGCUAUCGAGAUAAGGCACACCAUGGCAGACAUAAGGAAACCAUAUCCGAUCAUCCUGACAUCCAAAAACGUCAGCACAUAUCCGUAUUUCUACGAGAUGCAGUGGGACGAGCCUGAUAAUGGCGGCCGUGGGAUCACCAAGUUCUUUAUUGGCUAUAGAAUGGUGGAAGUUGACCCUGCAAAUGAGACUAUGGUCAUAUCCGAUGGUGAUUGGACCAAGCUCGAGGCCAAACUCAAUCCAAAACUGCAUCGAUACCGGCUCAAAAACCUGAAAGCCAAUCGUUAUUACGAGGUGGAUAUCCAGGCAGAGAAUGUUUUGGGGAAGUCUGAGAUUACGGGGGCUAGCCAGAUGGUGUUCAGGACAUUACAAGCCACUGAUGGUGAAACUGGCCCGAUCAUCGCAGCCAGCUCAAAAGUUCAUCUCUACGCACAAGCUCUGGUUCUGACGAUAGUGAUGACUUUCUUACUCAGCUAAGGUCAAGCGCUGUGAUGACACUUUCUGAAGAUCUCGUGGUUUUUCUGGCAAAGUGAAAGCAAAAUAUUGACGAUUUUGACUUUUGGUCAAACAUUUAAAAUGUUACAAAAGUUUGUUGAACAUCUUUCAAAUGAUAAUUCAGUUCUAUUUUAAGAUUUUCAAAGGAAAACAAUCACUAAAAUUAUUUCUGUAUCAUUGCGUAAAAUGUCACUCUUUUGUGGCAGUUUGGGUGCUAUUUGAUUGAUGUUACAGAGGAACCUCCCAUAGCGGACACCUCUGUUAGCAGGACACUUUCUCUAUUAAGAACGCUGAUUUUGGUCCCAAAUUUGUCAUUUCCAUUCAAUUUGACCCUUACGAUUGUCUGGGGGUGUCCUUAACACCUUCAGCGCCGAACCACGUAGAUCUACGUGGCCCAAAUCCCCCCCUCUUUGAGCUGGUUAUCGGAGUCUCAUGGACUUCAGGAAAGAACUAUGCCAUCGCCAUCUUC